GUGCUGCUUGUACAAGUCAAAGCAGGCAGCGAAGAAAGAGCAACCCAAUUAAAAAAAAAUUAAAAAAAAUAAAUAAACCAGAAAGCAGCUGCAGGAGCAAAGUGGACCUUCCUGAGAUUAAAGAGAGAGAGAUGUCUUUCUUCAGCAGGGUUUUGACGAUGAAGUGCAAGCAGGGGCUUGAAUCCGAGAGGACUUACUUUUACCAGGCGGUGUUCGCCAGCAGGUUCCACCGGCGGCCCCCGCUCUGCAGCCCCGGCUCCCUGGGGGUGCGGGACGACCCGCCGCCGCCGACGGAGGACAAAGGCGCGGGGGCGAUGGUGGCAGCCCCGGGGGGGCCCGGGGAGCUGCUGGAGCCCACCCAGGGCCAGCUCGGCCGGGUGAAGAGCCUGCAAGAAAUGCCGGGACCCAACACCCUCUACAACCUCUACGAGUUCUUCUGGAAGGACGGCUUCGGCCGCAUCCACGAAAUCCAGCAAAAACACACUCAGGAAUAUGGAAAGAUCUUCAAGUCUCACUUUGGUCCCCAGUUUGUUGUAUCCAUUGCAGAUCGAGAUAUGGUUGCUCAAGUCCUCCGGGCAGAAGGCAGAGCACCACAAAGAGCUAACAUGGAAUCCUGGCAGGAAUACAGAGACUUACGAGGGAGAGCCACGGGACUUAUUUCUGCGGAGGGGGAACAAUGGCUAAAAAUGAGAAGCGUACUGAGGCAAAAAAUUCUGAAACCCAAAGAUGUGGCUGUUUACUCUGAAGGAGUCAAUGAAGUUAUCACAGACUUAAUUAAAAGAAUCUACACCCUCAGAAGUCAAGAGGACGAUGGGGAAACAGUGACCAACGUUAACAACCUCUUCUUCAAGUAUUCUAUGGAAGGUGUGGCAACUAUUCUGUAUGAAUGCCGGUUGGGCUGCCUGGAAAACAACGUCCCACAGCAGACUGUUGAAUAUAUUGAGGCUCUGGAGUUGAUGUUUAGUAUGUUUAAGACCACUAUGUAUGCAGGUGCUAUUCCCAAAUGGCUUCGUCCACUUAUUCCAAAACCCUGGAGAGAGUUCUGCAGAUCCUGGGAUGGACUCUUCAAAUUUAGUCAAAUCCAUGUUGACAACAAAUUGAAGGCUAUUCAGUCUCAACUGGACCAAGGGGAAGAAGUGAAUGGUGGGCUACUGACAUACCUCCUAGUGAGUAAGGAGCUUACUUUGGAAGAAAUCUAUGCCAAUAUGACUGAGAUGCUUCUGGCAGGAGUGGACACAACUUCUUUUACUUUGUCCUGGGCAACAUACUUGUUGGCAAAGCACCCUGAGGUUCAACAACGUGUUUAUGAGGAGAUAGUCAAUAAGCUGGGGAAAGACCAAGUUCCUCUUGCUCAUGAUGUCCCAAAGUUGCCUUUGAUUAGAGCUGUGCUGAAAGAAACCUUGAGGUUAUAUCCAGUAUUGCCAGGAAAUGGAAGAGUGACCCAAAAAGACCUUAUCGUUGGAGGGUACUUGAUACCUAAAGGGACGCAGCUGGCACUCUGUCAUUAUACUACAUCAUACAGCGAAGAAAAUUUCUCAAUGGCAAAUGAGUUCCGACCCGAGCGCUGGCUGAGGAAAGGCAAUUUGGACAGAGUAGACAAUUUUGGUUCCAUCCCCUUUGGUUACGGCAUUCGAAGUUGUAUAGGAAAACGAGUCGCCGAGCUGGAAAUUCAUCUUGCACUGAUUCAGUUGCUUCAGAACUUUGAGAUCAAAAUUUCUCCUAAAACCGAGCCAGUUCGUGCCAAAACCCAUGGACUUUUGACUCCUGGAAACUCCAUCAAUGUGAGAUUUUCUGAUAGAAAGUGAGACUCAAAUGUUUUGGAAAUACGUGAUUUUCAUGGGAACAGACUUGCAUCUUAUGGAUGUUUAAUCAUGCUUGUUCUCUGGUUUGUAGGUAUUUGUCAAACUGAUCCAGUAUUAUGUUCUGCCUUAGUUCUAGCAGUACAUAAGAGAAAUUACCUCUCCUAUAAUAGAUAAUUACACAUAUGAAAAUAUAUAUUAGAAAAAUUCCUUCUUGCACUGGGAAUCUCCUUUUACCUGGAAAGAUUUCUAGUAACAACAACACAUGCAUUGCAAAAAAAAUAAUUAAACUCAGACAUGUCAGUAUCAUUCAGUGGGUUUGUUACACUGCUUUGUCAUAAAAGUCAACUACUCAGUGAGUCUAUUUGAGAGCAAGAGGGCUACUGUAUAAUAUGUGAAAAUUAGCUGCAUUUAUGAGUUUAUGUUUUCCCAUGUCUUGCCCUCCAGUGUUUUUUAAAAGUUUCCACCUAACAAUGAAAUGAUGAGAUCAUUUUUCUCUUGCCUGUAAAAACAUUUACUCUGCGUGUAUUAAAAAAUUAAUACAGUAAUAUGAAAAGAUAGAAAAAAUACAAUUUAUGUCACUUUGUUUAGACUCAAAAUACAGAACAAUUAAAAAUGUAUCCAAACAUAAUCCCCAUGAAAUGUUUCCAUAUAAUUUAAAGAAAAUUAAAAUAUUAAAAAUAGAAGUUUAAACAUCACAUUGUAGAGUAAUGAACCCAGACAUUGUCCUCAUCACCAAAGCAUAAGCUGAGUGGAAUAGCACAAGCCACUUUCACUAUUCUAGUUAAUAUUAUGCCAAAACCAAGUGUAAAUAAUAAAAAUUAAGUAGUUGAUACAUUUUUAGCAUUUAAUUAAAAUACUACUAUUAACUAUUUUCACAGUUCUUCAACAGGAAGAACUGGAAACUUCCCAUUACAACAUGCUGAACCCAUAGGCAGGUGCACAGUUGCCUCCUGUAGGAUGGAAUUGUGACUACUGAAGUAUCUGGAGAUUUUUUAAUUAUCUAGUGUCUAAUACGAAAAGUGGACACCUGAAAGGGUUUUUUAAAAUUAUUAUUUUAUUUGUCCUAUGACGACUAACAGAAAAGUCUCACUUGCAUGAUACUUUAGUCUUUGGAUAACUUUAGUAUCACUGCACUAACCUUACAUUCUGAUUUUUGAGAGAAACCUUAUGCCUUGGGUCCAUGUUUUGCCUUGAACAACGCACAAACCUGCAUACCCUAAUAUGAAAUUAACUAUGUAAUUAUGUAUAGUUAACUGUUUACAUGUCAGGCUCUGACUGUUUGUGAGGUAGUUUACGUACUGACAAUCGUGAACUUUCCAGACAUAAUGCAGAGUUAGAAAAACUUGUGCUACUCUGUUCUUAAAAUGACAACAUUUUUCUUUGCUCAUCCAGCUAUAAGUCAAAGACAGGUUACAAAUUAAAUAACACACUGUAGUUUUAAUGGUGUACAUUAAAUUCCACAUAGCUAACUACUUCAGUCACAUUGUUGCAGUAUUUUAGUUACUUUUUGUAGUGCCUUUUUAAGGUCUUGACAAAAGAAAAACAAAAAAAUCUCCUUUGUAUGGAUCUCCUAUAUAAAAUAACACUAAACAAAAUUGAUCUGAUCUGUGAGACUAAAUGUUUACAUGAUGACUUUAAAAUGUUAAUCCUGCCUGUCUUUAUUGAAUUGGGGAUGAAAGAGCCCAAGCCUUCAAUCCAAAUUUGGGUUCUGUACGGUGCCUUAUUUUUGCAUUGUCAGUAGCAUCAGUAGAAACGUCAGCCAUUGCUACACGGCAGUACAUUUGGUACUUUGUAUCAAUCCUGAAGAAACACAUCACUGUAGAAGAAGAGGCAGUUAAAAAUGCUCUUUGAAGCAUUUGAAUCUUUUCAUGAAAACAGAAAGCCUGUGAUUUGUUUUAAUAGAGCAUCUAUCCAUGUAAGUUGUCUUUUAUACAUAAUAAAA